AUGCGCUUCGCGCAGAUCAACUUCGCCGCCAGACUUCUCACAAGCAUUCUUAGCUUGCCUUUGCUAGCCGGAAGUGCCUACGCGCAGUCAGUGCCAACGAUGUACUUUGGAAGAGCAACGACAUGCAAAAACAACCAGUACAAGUACGAUUGGUACGUCUGGCUGCAAAGUGGGGAUCCGUGUCUGGACUGGAGAGAUCUGGGACCAACGGCACUGAGGUCACCAUGCGGAAAAUCGUUUGGAUGGGAAGCCAUUGGACACUUCGUCCUCACGGACUGCAAUGCUGGGGACAUUCUGCCUCGAGGAAUCACUUGGGUUGAGAAAGGAGUGACGGGUAAAUGUGUUCCUGAUGCCAAGCCGCCAGAAAGAUCGUGUGAUGCUCCCUGGUGCGGCGGAGGGCAGGUUGUAAAUGUUACAACUCUCCAAAUUUGUGCUGGGUAA